AAGCUCUUGAUAGAAUCCCUGGGAAACCGAACUUAAAAAUAUGACUGAAAGGAAAGUUCCGAUUGAAGAAGUGUAUAAAAAACUGUAUGAAGAUAUACAACUUCUCCGGUCUACUGACCAUAAGCAAGAGAUUAUUAUGGAUUACACUCAGAAGCUGGACGAACUUCAGGUCUCGUCGGAGCUGGUCAUGCCGCUUGAGAAACUUCGUAAACGAUUAAUAUUUCUAACAGACCCAUUUAAGUGGGAGCAGCAUAGCCUCUGGCAGUUAAAUAGUAACGAGACAUGGAAGCCCGACAAUUUAACUCAUGAUUUGAAGCAGAAUAAAUGGAUAGUCUUCAAACAGAUCGACCCGUUACUGAAACGGUGGAGGCUGGUGGCUAAAACCGUACCGGACAUUACGCUCGGAGAAGCCCGUGGACGAGUAGAACCAACAAAUUCAGGUUCUCGAAUGAUGCAGAACAGCACGUGGACGUUUCUUGGUAAAAUUCGGUGGAAUGACACAAAUUGUGACUUGCAGCAGUGUGGAUGGUUAGUAUUUAAUCAGACUGACCCUUUACUGAAUCAUUGGAGACUGGUAGUUUCCAGUCCUAUCAUAAUUGAAGAGCAGCAAAAUCCAUCGGAGCCGCACACCACACUCGAAAAUUCCCACAGUUAUGUAGUACCAACAGUUCCAAGUAAGACAGCUAGUGAACAACCUAAGAGCUUGGAAAUUUUAACCACAACUACCACGAUUGACCCUAUGUUGGUGGACGAGCUGCAGGACCCUACGAAUCCGUUCAACCUAGGACAAGGUUACGGAAAUUUACAUCUGUCAAAACCUGUUGUGUAUGAGCCUCAAGCACUGGAAGCGAACGGCAAUUAUGUUAUAUAAGGACCAGAAAAUUGAACUGCAUACCACCAAAACUGGAACCUCCGAAGACAGCGGAUACCAGCUUAAAAUUAAAUAAGAAAACCAGAAAUUAAAAUAUUUCUAUCAGAUCCGUUGGACUAAUCCUUCUUAAUAUCUUAAUUCAAACAUUUACAUACAUAAAUUCAUAAUAAUACUAAUAUUGUAUUUACUUAUUGUUACUUUAAUAGACAAAUUAUGUGGAUUUUUAGUUUUUAUUCUGCUUAUGUCGUAUACUCAUAUUUAGCUUGAAUAAGUAAAUUAGACUAAUUAGAGCAUGAAUACGUU